AAGAAGGAUGAGAAGAAGGAUGAGAAGAAGGAGAAGGAUGAGAAGAAGGACAGUUCUCGGUUGAAACCGCUGUAUGGAGUGAAUCCCAGAACUGUCAGAAAUAGACUAUUUAUGACAGUUCUGGGACAUUCACUCCAUACAGCGGUUUCAACCGCUGUAUGGAGGGAAUGUCAUAGAACUGUCAGAAAUAGACUAUUUCUAACAGUUCUGGGACAUUCCUUCCAUACAGCGGUUGAAACAUUGCAUCUAUUUGUUUCCAUAAAUGGAUCCAUUUAUGGAAAACAAAUAGAUAUAAUGUUUCAACCGCUGUAUGGAGGAAUGUCCCAG